AUGCCUUUCACGCGGGACGCGGAGGCGAAGAGAAUUCAGUACCUGCGCCGGCAGCUGCGCCGCGGGCACUCCGAGAAGGGCCGUGAGUUCACGGAGGAGGAAGGAGGACCUCAAGCGCAAGCGCCAGGAGAACCGCCCUUCGAGAUCCCGCUCGAGGAGGGCGACGUGAAGCAGGACGGCGUGGUGCUCCGGGGCGAGGUGGGGCGGGAAAAGCUGCGCGGCUUCCAGGGCGAUGCGGUCUUCCAGUUCGGGCGCGUGCAUUGCCGCUUGGUGGAGCUCGGUGCGCAGGCCAUGCUCCAGCUGGAGCCCUUCAGCGCGGAGCAAAUGGAAAGCCUGCAGACAAUGCUGCAGAAUGGGUUUGAGUGCAAAGUGCUGGCGGUCACCAAGAAGGCGGUGGUCGAGGCGCGGCUCAAUCCGAACGGCAAGGUCCGGGACGUCGCCGCCGACAGGAUCAUCUCGGCCGCGAGCCUCCUGACACUGCGCUUUACCGCGCAUCGCUUCAGGCCCGUCGAGUUCCUGCCGGUCAAGGUCGAGACCCAGGCGCCCUCUGAGGAGGAGAAUGAGUCCGAGGCCGAGGUUCGCGACCAGGAGCCCGAGGCCGUGUCGGCGGAGGAGGAGCUCCUCGGCGAGUGGAAGAUGACGGUGCAGGGCAGGACCGUGUCCUUUGACUUCGUGAAGAACUCGCUCUUCACUCCCGUCGGCCCUGUCCGGGAGGUCAAAGUCGUGGGCCCGGAAGCUGUCGAGUUUCUGGCCAACAUCGCUGCUGGGCCUCAGAGCCCAGGUUUCCACCGCGCGGAGCUUCAGCACAUCGAAGGGGACCUCUUCUGCAUCCACCCGAAGCUUUGGAGCCAGGAGGUCACGAGGUUACGCGCUGCCGCCGAGGAGACGGCUGCCUUGGACGACGACCUCGACGAGUCAGCGGAGAAGCCCGUACCGGCUCCAGCAGAGGAGUCCCGCGAGAUCAAGGAGCCCGAGCCGGUGGAGGAGCCUGCUCCGAAAAAGACGCGACGUCGGGAGGACCAGCGCCGGGUGCAGGGCUUUGUGGGCGAGGUCCACGGCGGCUGGCUGGAGCUCUUUUUGGAUGACGAGGUCUGCUAUGACGAUGCCCGUGACUGCGUGGUUUCUGGCCUCCUGGAUGGCUGGGUCAGUGACUGCGAGAUGAUCCGGGGCGAGGAGGUCACGCUGCUGAAGGAGCUCCCGGAGUUCGGGCGCCUCAAGGCCGGUGCGAGAAUCAGGGUCCAGCUUCCGUCGUUGUGUUGGCACAAGCCCAUGGCCGAGCCUUCUGAGAAGCCGGGAUCCGAUGAGGGCAGCACCGCGGUGCCCGAGACCGAGGAGGACACCCAGACCGACGGCGACGUCGAGAUCGUGGAGGGCCUCAGGGUGCGCAGGGUCGGUGACUGGCUCGAGCUGGCGGCCCGGACCUUGGAUGAGUACGAGGAGGCCCUCAAGAUCCUGGCCCCCAAGCUGGAGGACCGGACCUUCGCCGAGCACAAGCUGAGGUGGGGCGAGAACCAGUGGGCCUCCGAGCUCUUCGAGAUCAACGCUCGUACCGGCAAGCUCUUCCAGCGCAAGGGGCGAAGGUCCGUGAAUCCGGAGCAGGCCAGGGUGCGAGUCCGCUUGAGUGCCUAG